AAGCGAAGAUUAGAGAGAGAGAGUCCAGACAAGGGAGGAGCAAAAGCAGAAGCAGAUAGAGAGAGAGAGCAAAACCGACGACGAAAGGACGGAUCUGGGUCAACGCCGUUUGACUGCAGGACGCGACAAAGCGAAGGGGGAGGGGGGGCAUUCUCGUCAUUCUAUCUCCUCUCUCUUUCUCUCACUUAAAGACAAUCAAUCCCCCAGGAGGUCCUCCUGUGCGUUAUAAGCUCCCCCGUAUUUAUUUGUCUCUCUGGGUUCGGCCAUGUCUUUCUCCUUGUUGGUUUCUUCUCGGACCCUCUUCCUGGUUCAGAUAGAAUAAGAAGAAAUCAGAUAGAUAGAUAGACGGAUAGAUAGAUAGAUAGGGAGCGGAAUUGCAGCCACACGAAUUUAUAUACAUACACAUUCGCCUGCGCAUAUAGGCGGACGGGGGGUUAUCUGUCUCCAUGAGGACCCGGCGAGGGAUGUGUUACCCCAAAUCGGACCUUUGCUCCGGCAAGAAGAGGUCGGCGACGGCGAGGGCGGCGAGCGCGGUGAAGAGGAGGAGGAGGGAUUCCGUGCCGAGCGGGGAGGAUGCGGCCUCGUUCCGCCGCAAGCGGCGGGCGUCGUACCCGCGGGCGGGCGGCGGCCGCGACUUCUUCGACGCCCUCCCCGACGACCUCGUCCUCUCCGUGCUCUGCAAGGUCGCCGCCUCUGCCUCCGCCCCGCCCGAUCUCGUCAACGUCCUGCUCACGUGCAAGAGAUUUAAAGCGUUAGGCCUGCAUUCGAUGGUGUUGUCGAAGGCGUCGUCGAACGCUUUCACCGUCAGAGCUCACCGCUGGUGCGACUCCGCUCACCGCUUCCUCAAGCUCUGCGCCGACGCCGGCAACGUCGAAGCCUCUUACACUCUCGGCAUGAUUCGCUUCUACUGCUUGCAAAGCCGAGGGAGUGGAGCUUCGCUGAUGGCCAAGGCCGCGAUUGGGUCGCACGCGCCGGCGCUCUACUCGCUCGCGGUGAUACAGUUCAACGGCAGCGGCGGCUCCAAGAACGACAAGGACCUACGGGCCGGCGUGGCCCUGUGCGCUCGGGCCGCCUUCCUCGGCCACGUCGACGCCAUGCGCGAGCUCGGCCACUGCCUCCAGGACGGGUACGGCGUCCGCCAGAACGUCGCCGAGGGCCGCCGCUUCCUCGUCCAGGCCAACGCCCGCGAGCUCGCAACCGUACUCUCCUCCCCCUCCGCCGUCGCCGCCGCCGCCGCCGCUUCCCUCCUCUCCACUCGGGCGUGGCUCGCCUGGAACAGCCCGCACGCGCAGCCGCCGCACCAGCACCAGCUCCAGCAGCAGAACCAUCAACAUCAUCCCCUCCGCCACGUGGUGGCCGGCACAGGAUGCCCCUUGCUCAGCGACUUCGGGUGCAACGUGCCGGCGCCGGAGGCCCAUCCGGCGAACCGGUUCAUGGCGGAGUGGUUCGCCGCUCGGGGCGGCUCGGCGGGGCCGGGGCUGAGGCAGUGCUCCCACGUGGGGUGCGGGAGGCCGGAGACGAGGAAGCACGAGUUCAGGCGGUGCUCGGUUUGCGGGGCCGUGAACUACUGCUCGCGGGCGUGCCAGGCGCUCGACUGGAAGCUCCGCCACAAGGCCGAGUGCACGCCGGUGGAGCGGUGGGUGGACGAGGACGUCGACGGGGACGGCGAGGGCGAGGGCGAGGGCGAUGGCGGGGAACAUGACGGAGUGGGCGGCCCUAACGGUGAUGUCAUGGAGGAGAGUUGACGGUGACGGUGACGGUGACGGCGGCGAUAGAGGAGGAGGGGUUGAGGGAAGAAAAGGGACCAGUUUUGACGGGGGAAUAUUAAGAUGAAAAUUAUUUUUAGAUUUGGUCCGUCCAUAAUUUGCGAAUCUCGAUAUUUUCUUCCCUCCUUUUCUUUUUUUGGGUUGUAUAGAGAAGGGUAAAUUCGGAAACGGAAAAACGCCCUCGUUUUUUUGUGUACUAUGUUAGACCAAAUGCCAGGUCCAGUUCAUUUAGUUCAAAAUUCAGGUCUCCCUCCACAU